CCUUCAACCACCUCUCUUCCCCUUCCCUCAUCCAGAAGGUCUCCUCCCCUUCCCCUUCUCUCUCUUUCCUUUGCUCAAGUAAAGAUGCCUAUCGUGCCACCGUUCAUGCUUCUGAGCACUUCCUGUGCACCAUUACAUUGACGUGCCGUCCCUAAGAGGCAAUAAAAGAGGGUACCAUUGUGGCCAUCCACCCCUACAAAAGGGGGUGGGGUUCGUGUAUGCAUGCCGGGAACAGAAGCCGGCUCGUGGCAGUUCCUCGGUUGAGAUCGAUCCCCAGCCAUGGGAUAUCCGACGACGAUCGGGAAGUAUCAUCUGAAGCGCACCAUCGGCGAGGGGACCUUCGCAAAGGUCAAGCUGGGCGUCGACAGGGAGACCAACGCCAACGUCGCCGUUAAGAUCAUCGACAAGGCGAUGGUGGUGCAGAACAAGCUUAUGUAUCAGGUGAAGAGAGAGAUCAGCGCGAUGAAGCUUCUGAAUCACCCCAACAUAGUUAAGAUAUAUGAGGUGAUCGCGACGAAGACCAAGAUUUAUCUGGUGAUGGAGUACGUCGCAGGAGGCCAACUCUCCGACAAGCUGGAGUAUCUCAAGAAGUUGGAUGAGAGAGAGGCCAGGAAGUACUUCCAGCAGUUGAUCGAUGCUGUGGAUUACUGCCAUAGCAGAGGAGUCUACCACAGAGAUCUCAAGCCAGAGAACUUGCUGUUGGAUAGCAAGGGGAAUUUAAAGGUAUCAGAUUUCGGGCUCAGUGUGCUGAGAAAGCCUGGAGACUUACUAUCAACUGCCUGUGGGUCACCAAGCUAUGUGGCUCCUGAGGUGAUCAUCCACAAGAGCUACGACGGCGCCGCCGCUGACUUGUGGUCUUGUGGUGUCAUCAUCUUUGAACUACUCGCCGGCCAUUUGCCCUUUGAAGAUCGCAGCCUCAUGAACUUGUACAGAAAGAUAUCCAGAGCAGAAUACACAUGUCCAGAUUGGUUCAGCGAUUCUCAGAAGCAGCUCAUUUCCAGAAUAUUAGAUCCAUCACCGUUAAAGCGGGCUACGCUAUCAGAGAUCAUUGGGCACGAGUGGUUUCGGUUGGAUUGCAGACCUUGUUUGGGACAUGACAACGAUGAGAACGAUUCACUUCACAGCUCGGGUGUAGGAAAUCGAUAUGAUCUCAUGGUUUUACUUCUUCUUCUUUCAUGUAUGAAGGCUUUGCCAACUCACUCGAGCCUGAACUUGCUGCAGGAGGCAACUCAGGAGGUCGCAGGAAAGCCUUGGAGAUGCAUCAACGCCUUCCGACUCAUAGCCAUGUCCAACGAUCUCGAUCUGUCUGGUCUUUUCCAGGAGCAGAAAACAAAGCUUGGAUCAGAGCACCCUAUCGACGAAACGUUCGCGAAAAUUGAGGUCGCCGCCAAGGAUGUCAAGCUCUCUGUCAAAAGGAUAAACAGCUCCAGGGUGAGACUUCAUGACAGCAGAAGAAUAACAAGAAGCAGAUCACACUGCACCUUAUCAGCAGAGGUGGUGGAGGUAACACCCAACCAUUGUGUUGUCGAGGUAUCCAAAUCUGCAGGGGAUUUAGGAACAUACAAGGAGUUCUGCCAAAGCCUGUCAAGUUUGCUCAAGGACAACUCUGGUAGUUCAUCACAAGAAGAGACAUUGGGAGAUGGUGGAGAUGAUGACAGUGAUCUUACACUACCUGAUGUAACAACAAAAGUGGUGCAAAGCUUCAGUGGCAUUUCUCUAGUCCCCGGAAGCUGAUCAAAGAAAUAUGCUACUUACAGGGUGAAGUGAAGAGAACAAAGACGGAAGAAGAGCUAUCUCAUAAUUUCCAUGGUAGCCCUUCCUUCUUCUUGUGGACAACAGUGGCCUUUCAAGAGGUCAAUCAUAUAUAUAUUUUUUGGCAUCCUACAGUAGUCAUGUAAUGCUGGUGUAAUAAGUCAAUACAUGUAAUUGUUAUUGUAGAUGUGCACUGUGACAAUUCAUAAAGUAAUACUAGAUUUGUGAGGAGCUGGAAUUAUAUCUUA